UUCUACAACUAGUGAAUGACAAAUUAUUAGGGGAGCUAACUCUGACUUGUAACGCUAUAUCUACAACUAAACCAGUUGAUCACUAUUUACCUAUGAUGUAUAUAUGGUUUAAACAUGGUAUAUAUUAUGAUAAUGGUAGUAUACUGCAAGAUAGAGAUGUUGAUAUAAAUGAUAAAGGAGAUGAUAUAAUCUGUAUAGCUACAGAUGACCCUCAUUGUAAAACUGGUUCUACAUUAAACACAAUUAUCGGGAAUACAAGAUGUAAGGAUGUUCUGGGUUUCUCAGAUAGUUUUAUUCUACAACCAGAAUAUGGACCAUAUGAUCUACAAUUAAUCUAUAAUGAUACAAAUCUAAAACCUGAUGAAGAAAUAAAGAAACGUUUAGGAGAAGAAUUGUCUGUUAAUUGUAUGAGUGAUUGUAAUCCAGCAUGUAAUAUCAGUUGGAAUAAAGAUGGGAAAAUAUUGAGUAAUAAUUCACAACUCAAUCUACCAGAUCUACAAGAAUCCGAUAAUGGAGUUUAUUAUUGUGGACUAUACAAUAUACAUGGUACCAGAUAUAUAUCUUUUAUCCUAGAUCUACAUAUAUUGACAGACCCUGAUUGUUGUCCACCAGCAGAAAACUCAAUGUCAAGUGAUGACGUCGCUUUAGUUGACAUUGGCGAAAGGAUAAUGGUAGUAAGGGAGAUAACUGGGUAUCCUAAACCUUCAAUAGAAAUGGAAUCGAUGAUAUUACCAGUAGGGAUUAGCCGUCAUUACCGAUAUAUAAAUUAUACCCUGGUUAAUACAUCUAAACCCCAUCAUUAUAAUCUUAGUCUUUCUGUAUAUGUUGUUACCAAGCAUUACAUUGGUAAAUAUUGUAUUUACUUAAAGAACAAGUAUGGAGUCGUGCAUGUUUGCCACACACUAAUGCAGGCUACCAAUGGUGUGAUAAAUACUUCGACUGGAAUUAGUAUUGUCCUUUCUAUUAUUGAACCAUUACUAUUAAUAACUGCCUUUAUAAUUGGUUUAGUUUUUGUCAAGAAAUGUUUUAAUAAGAUGGCUCCCAAUACAAGAACCAAUCCGCUUGAACAUCAUUAUGAACAAGUUACCAUGCAACAGUUUUCUACAGAUCUUACUACACUAAAUGUGCCUUCUAAUAGAACACAUUUACGCGACAGGGAAUCUGUAAUUACUUCUUCAACGCAAAGAUCCCCCGAAUAUGCACGACCAGUUUCAUUAAUUGUCCAUGGACUACCAGAUUAUGACCAGCAAGAAAAUCUAACUGAUGUGGUCGAAGAUGAUGGUGAUAAUGAAGAUUCUGGUGAUGAUAGUGUUAAUGAUACCAGUUCAGCUUCCAUGUGUAUGAACUCUCCCUCAUCAGUACCAAAUGUCUAUGAAAAACUCAAUAAAAAUACCCGAAUCGCACAACUAAAUCUAUACAAGAAACUUAAAUGGUAAACCGCAGAAUGGUGACCAUACUUCUCCAAAAUUCAUUUCUACAGCAGAAUGUUGACCAUAAAUCUCCAAAAUUCAUCCCUACAGCAUCCAGGACAUUACCAUAGAAGACUUUUUAGGGAACUGAUGAACUAUCAGAAUGAAGGCAAUAAACAGGACAGCCUGUCUAAACACUCUUCGUUAAACUUCCCACAUUAAUAUAUUACUUAAAGCAGCAUUAGGCAAGAUUGUCUAAAAAGCCAAUAGUUCUCGCUAUGAUAGCUAAAAUAAUAAUGCAAAGGGAAUAUGUUACAAAUUACUUCACUCUGAAUCUCACUAUCGGCGAUACACGUGUAGUCUAGCCUCGAUUGUAAUUUCUACCGUUGCUACGGUAAUAAACAAAGUCUCGAUUUAAUCCAUUUUUACGGUAACCUCAUCAAUAGCAAAACGUAUUUAAAUCUAUUUAAUAUCAUUGCCAUCCUAUGACAUCGAGAAUUAAAUAUGGUCUUGGCAGGUUAAUUAAUGUCUAAUUAAUAAUUUAUAUAACAUUUCAGGCCAAAAUAAAGAGCUGUCAUAGGUAGAUUUAGCUCUUUCAUAAUGUCAGUUUAAUGUAUAUAUAUUUUUUGUACAGAUUAAUUCGCUGCUUUUGUUAAUGUUUAUUCUGUUAUAUUGUUAUAUUUUAAGACACCUUUGUGGAAUCGAAUAAUUGUUUUAUAUGCUUCUCGGAUUUUCAAGUUGUAUGGCAAGGUGGGUUAAUGGUGAAAUUUAGAUAAUUCUAGUUAUGAUGUAAGUGUUGCUUUAUGCUUUGAUUUAAUUUUUCAUUACAUUCUGUAUAAUAUAUAAUUACGUAUUUGCUUUAUUUCUAUUUUUUGAAAUGUGGGCGUAUUGCGUCGUCACCCUGUACGUCGACGGAUAUUUUAUCAAAUUUGGUGUGAAGCAUUGUUGUCACGAACCCUGUCUAUAUUCAACAUUCAGUGUACCGUGUUCCAACCGAAUUUGAAAAUAAAAUAGGUUAAAGACCUCACGCGGUGUUCGGCAAAAGUGGGAGGGGUGGUAACUCGGAACGGGAGGCUGCAGAAUAUGAAUAUAGAUAAUAUUCGAUGAUCCAAUGCUUCAAGCCAAAUAUGGAAAAGAUCUAUUAAAAAUUAUAGCAUUUAUCGCAUUCACAAGUUUUUCGGAAACUCGGAACGGAAAGUCGCGGAAUACUGACUACCCAUAGGUUCAUCCUCCCAUGACCGCAAUGCUUCCCACUAAAUUGGGAAAACGUCCGAUGUAAACAACGCACGUGUUAUCGACGACCUACGACGUUACACGUAGAACUUUACUCUUCCGAUCAAACUUCUGAAUAGUAUUGAAGUAAAAUGUGGUUGUUUAUGUAAUUAAGUAAGGAUGUAAGUAUAUUGCUAUCAGUGUAUGUCGAUUUCCUUCAAUAAGUGGUCAUUAGUAUCAUUAUAGUUCUCUAAACAGGCACAUUUAAAUGUUUUAUGUUUUUUAUAAGAUAUCAAUUAUACCAUGCUAAUUUUUUAGAAACCCAAUAUAUAAUUAUUUCAUAAUUUUCUUGUUUUGAAACUUUUAUUAUAGUAGAUUUGUUUCAAUUAAUCAAUUAAAGAUCGUUCAGACUCGC